CGUCAAGACAUCUGUCGACGAAGAGAUUUCAGGGUGAGUUCUGAGAGAUUGAGAACGACCCAUCUUCUUCCGAACGAAUGACUGGAUGAAGUGUGAUUCGUUGGAAUGCCAUUCAUUGAAAGCGAAGCGAGUCGAUUGGAAUAAUGUAUUCAAGUCUUCUCGUUCGUGCCAUUUGCUAAUGUGGCGACGGCCGCGACGGUCGGGCGAUGCGUGCAAGCGUCGGUUCCACUUUUUACCAGUGUACCAGCACCAUAGUGCAGUAAUGAAAGAAUGAAUUAUGCUCGAGACUCCAAAGGAUUACAAACCUGGAAGCUAUCUAUUAUUAUCUGAAUUUAUUUGACGAUAACUUCCAUGUGCGCUAUGAUGGAUUUUCGAGCAGUUCUCUAACCUUCUAUGGGUACUCGUACCAUAUCAUCUCUGUAGAAAUUCGCUCACGUCUCAUUCGUUGGUAUUUAUUUUGCACAUUCAAUUCACAGUCUGCGGUCACAGAACAUAAUCGUGCUGUUUCCUUUUACAUGGGAUAACAAAUAAGAGGACGGAAAAGAAGGAUGUGGAAUGGUCCACUUCCGUCCGUAAAAAAGUUGAUCAUUCGGUUCAUAUUUCGUAGCAAAGUAAUUGUACGAAAGGAUCCAUGACUCUUGUCGAAAGAACAAGCGCUAUUCUUGUCGGAAAGCUAGGAUAUUGAUACUAGGUAGAAUACAGAAUUAUCUCUUGGCUUCGAAUUAAUAACAUGCAUACGUCAUAUGGGUGUUGCAAAACAGAAUUGGCGCUUAUUUCUCGAGUUAAGACGCCAACAUGUACCGAGAUGGAAAGUUGAGCGAAUAAAUGGAAGGGAUUGAUUUGGGGGCGAAUCAAUCUGUAACUCUUCAUCUCGCUGGAAGAGGAAAUAGAAAUAGGCUUGUGAAAUGGCGGUGUAAUUAUGGUCCUGUAAGGUACGGCACUGUACUAUUAUUUGAACUUGUUUUGAAAUUUUUGGAUGAAAUCUUUCGCCCAAUCGUGGGACAAGUAAAAACCUAACAGACGAUUUACCGAGCCAAACACUUCGAUUCGAGCAUCAAAGAGUAGCUUCUCACCAUUUCUUAUAUCUUUGGUUCUUGUCUCAUUCAAAAUCAAUGCAUCAAUUCCAAUUCUUACAAUGUCUAUUUAUGAUUACAGGAACAACCAAGUUAACACCUUCGAGCGAGAUGUGCGUAAGCAGAUUGCCAAGGAAUUGAAGGAAUGGGGUAUCGAUCCAAAGAAAAGCAAGGAUCAUGAAGACUUUUGGCGUGAAGUAUCGAAUCAAGCUGUUGCAGCCACAAAACAUUCUUCCUCUUGUGCUAUCUCGAUCGAAACAUUGUUUACUAACACAAUAGCCCUGUCGAGAGAAGUCGCCGAAGCCGUUCGCCAGGUCCUUCGUAAUGAAUUGGAGGAUUCAGUAGAAUUCACAUUUACUAAUGCAAGCGACUUACUCGAGUUUGAUUUUAAACCAUUCUAUUUUGUGUUCGAUAAGUCAUCACGAAGCAACGUCCUUCAAAGAAGAUUCGAACUAAAGAAAUACAAAUUGAAGGAGCUCGACCCAUUUCAUCGUUUUGAAGGAAUUGAACAUUCCGCCGAAGAUUGGUUUCGCAAAAUAUGGAAAACGACAUCCCUAGGGGGGUACGUUUUUGAGGCUUUGGUUGCUCAUCAUAUGGUUCACCACAUGCAAUGCAAAUCGUGCAAGUGCCGUAAUCAAAUGUUCUGGAAUGGCGGUAUUAAUAUAUCUGGAUCUUGGGCAGAUGUAGUAUGCCGUAAAUGCAAGGCGUCUUAUGAGAUCAAAUCAGUCUCAUCAGAUGAUGCAAUUGAGAAAAGAAUCAAAUUUAAUUCAUUUCCUGGUGGUUCCUUUCGACAAUAUUACAAAAAUCCAGCCCAAUUCAAAGAGAGGUAUCUCGUCAUUGUGAGCAGGAAGGAAACUUACGUCAAGAAAUUGGAAAUGGUUCACCGAGUUUCUCUGGCUAGGAUUCGAAAUGUUGAGCCAAGACUUUGUGGUGAAUCCUUUGUCGGAAGAGGAUCGCACAUCCGUAUAAUUUCGAACAUCAACAUCGAGAAAGGAUCUUUGGAAAAGGCCUGGUGCUACGUAAAACCCAUUGCAGAUUACACUGCCAUGGCUAAAGAAGUAUUCAAUAACUUUUAUGGAGAUGGUGCUUGGACAAAAGAAAAUUCUAAAGAAAUUGAAAAUAAUGAGCAUGAGAGCCCUUCCAAAUCUCGACUCGAAAUUGCAACACCUAAUGAAGAAGAGAAAGUUGAACAACUACGAGAAAACCUGAAACAGGAACUUCGGGUAAGCAGUGACGAUGAUGAAGAUUGGGAAAGCUUGUACUAAAUUGAUAAAUCAUCUGAAGGAUAAUAAAGUAAUAUCGUAGAG